GAUCACCUGACUUUACUGCCCGUACUUCCUCAAAGCGUAAACAUUAUUGUUCGCAAGAGAGCACAAAGUUGUACAGCAGGUAAAAAGGAAAUGUUGCAUGUUUUAUGACACCAUACAAUGUUUAACCUUGAAGACAGAGACGCUGCUCCUCCUUGACAUGAAAACAACACUGAAGCGUUGAGGUUGGUGUUGCUGUAUGGGAAUGGGUGCUUUCCCUCGUUGGUCUAAAUGGAGAAUAAAGGGAGCGACGAGGUGGAAAAACUGAAGAAAAGCGUCUUGUCAGUGUGGCACAAUUUGAAGUACAGUUGGGUUCUUAAAUCCAAGACUUCAUUCAGUAGAAACUCCCCAGUGUUUCUUCUUGGGAGGUGCUACCAUUUUAAGGCAGAAGAUGUCAACUGUCCUUCUGAAGACUGCCAUGACGCUGCUGAUGAGGACUUUAUCAUGGGGAAUGUGGAGGCUUUCCGAAAGGAUUUUGCAUCCCGAGUGUGGCUGACGUACCGGGAAAAUUUCGCUCCACUGCCAGGCAGCACUCUGACCUCGGACUGUGGCUGGGGAUGCAUGCUGAGGGCUGGACAGAUGAUGCUGGCUCAAGCUCUUGUUCUGCACUUCUUGGGCAGAGACUGGACCUGGUCAGAGGCGCUCUCGCUCCAGCCCUUAGAUGCAGAGACACGGACCACCACAGCAGCUAAGCGGCUUGUCGCCUCUCUGGAGGCUUCUCUGCAGGGCACCCCAAGGACUUCUGAAAGUGAACCGUGUCUCGCACCUCAAGCCCAGGCAUCGGCAUCAGCAGAGGAAGCAGAUGCACAUUUAAAGGAGAUGUACCACCGAAAUCUGGUGUCCUGGUUUGGGGACGUCUCCUUGGCUCCACUGGGCCUGCACGGACUUGUCCGUAUAGGACUGAGGAUGGGAAAACAGGCGGGGGACUGGUACGGUCCAGCUGUGGUAGCGCACAUCUUGAAGAAAGCUGUCAAGGAAGCAACGGACCCUAGCUUGGCAGGUAUAACUGCCUACGUCUCCCAGGACUGCACAGUGUACAGUGUCGAUGUCAUGGACUGCCACAAGGCACCAAGAGCAGGGGAAUCCUCAGAGGAGAGGCCUCCUGUUGCACAGAACAGCCAACCAUCAUCUGCUCCCACACUGCCAGAGAACCGUGCCGUUAUCAUCCUCAUCCCUGUGAGACUGGGAGGAGAAAGGACAAACCCUGAGUAUUUUGAAUUUGCAAAGAGCAUAUUGAGUCUGGAGUACUGCAUAGGCAUCAUCGGAGGGAAGCCCAAGCAGGCCUGCUACUUUGUGGGAUUUCAAGAUGACAACUUGAUUUACAUGGACCCUCAUUACUGUCAGUCUUUUGUGAAUAUCAGCACCAGCGAUUUCCCUCUCCAGUCAUAUCAUUGCCCCUCACCAAAGAAGAUGCCUUUCAGCAAGAUGGACCCAAGCUGCACCAUUGGUUUCUAUUCCAAAAGUGUUGAAGACUAUGAGAAGAUCAAAGAAGAGCUGUCCAAGUUGCUGCAGCCGUCACCGAAGGAGAAAUAUCCAGCGUUUACUUUCGUGCAAGGUCGCAGCGCAGAUUAUGACCUGUCGGCGGGCCUGAACGCAGAGAAGCGGGAAUGGCCCUUCAUUCGGGACGCGCGCAGAUGCGUCACCACCGCCGGAGACUUUGUGCUGCUUUGACAGCGCUGUUUGGUGGUACGAGGAAAGAUCUCUCAUAUUGAUUAUAACUGCUUAAAGUCCACUGCAUCAUGUAUGACAGUGUUGGGACUUAGUGCUUGAGAGACUCAUUUGAAAUUACAUUAAUCCGGUUUUUACGUCCAGGAUACAGUAAUCCUGACCAAAACUCAGAUUUACGGAUUUGGGCUGGCGAUGUGAACACAGAGUUAUUUGUGGGAGGUUAUUUGAUAUUAUGUUGUUCUGCUGAAUCAAAAUUAAUAACCUUUUUAAUGUAGAAGAAAUAUGUUUUCACCAUUUCUAUUUUUUAUAGUCAAGAUAUUCAUGUCAAAAUUGAUUACAUUUUGUCAGAAUUGGGUCUCAUUUGUAAAAUUAACUUAAUGUUAAAAACAUCAAGUGUUUGGAGGAGAUAUUUGUAUAAAUAUGACCAACAACAUCAUGUGGAAGUAUCUGAUACAAGGGCUACAACUAGAGCAGCAGUUCCCAGACUAUUAGCAAUUAAUACCCAUUUAGUUAAUACCAAGUCAUGUCCCUACUACAAACUGUAGCACAACUUGAAUUGGACUUUUUCUUUUUGUUGUGAUUUAUCAAGCAAGAACACAAAAUUGUAACCAAUGGCACUAUGUAAUUAGUUGAAGAAUAAGAUGUAUUUAGCAGCAUUCUGUUUUUUUAUUUUGAAUUUGGAAAAAUUCACUAAAUGGUCCCAAAAGUCAGAAUUUCAAGGACAACACUAACCACAGAAUUCAACAUGGCUGCCUUGCACAUAAAACUUAUUGGCGGCAGCACUAAAAAACAGUUUACUGAAAAUGUAUAUCAAUUUAAAUCUAAACACAUAGUACUGUACAAUCUAAUGCAGAUAUUUAUGCUGUUAUUAGCUCAUAAUCCCAAUAGUGAUUAGCCUGAUCACUGAGCAAGACACUGGAACAUAAUUAGUUGGGUUGGAUGUCAUACCAGGAUCCAAGUUUCUACUUCAGAGGUAAAUGGACCACAGCAUAAAUAGCAGAUGGCAUUUGUUCCUGCUCACUGUUGUAUAAAUUAUCACUGUUAUUUACCUUGAAAGGCAUUAAUACCAAAGUUUUUUCUGAGAACACUAAAGGCACAUUUAUUAUUAUUAUUAUUAUUCAAAUUAAAGCCAUUCAUUAUUAUUAUUAUUAUUAUAAAAAGUGGUACUUGUUUUACAGUUUGAGAACAAUGGAUCUAGAGCAGUGGUUUCCUUUUAUGCUUCCCAACCAGAAAUUAAUGGUGGAAGAUCCUUGUGACCCAGGCUAUUGGUUGAGAAUACCACUAUGUGAGUUAAACAGAGGUAUGAUGAAAAAAACCUUUUUUAUCUUUUCUAUCAUAUACAGCAUAAAUACCAUGGUCUUUUUUUUCUAUUAAGGUUCACUUCUUAAAAGGAUCUUAAGACCCUACAAUGACUGAUUUGUACCCACUGAUCUAGUGUAUUUACGGUGUGUUUUGGCUAAAUGAAUCCCUUAAAUAUUACGUUUAACUUUGUCUGAAGAACAAAUAUAUAUAUAUAUAUUUUACGGCAGCUUGUUCAAAGUUUUAUAUGCAUGGCAGCCAUAUUGGAUUAUAAGGGCCGGGUUGAUUUUCCAGUUGGAAUUCUGGCUUUUGGGAUCUUUUGAUCAUUUUUAUAACUUCAAACAUAGUAAUAUCAACUUUUGAGUAAAAAGUGGAAUUCAUAAUUAUACAGCAUACUUCCUAAUAAUAUGCAAAUACUGUAUCGGCACCAAUACUUUUUUAUUUUAUCAGCUAACACAACUAACGUAAAAAGUCCAAAUCCUAUUGUACUAAUGUUUUAACAUCUCUGUGGGCAUGGGACUACUUGGCAAAACGUUGUAUUGACUAAGAAGUUAGGGUGAACUCGUACCCCAGUUUAAGAGCCAUGGAUUUAAAGUAUUUAAUCUGUCUUUGAGGUAAAGUGAACACCUUUCAAAAGAUAAGUCUAAAAUGAUUAGAAAGUUUCCUUAAUCUUAAUCUGAAACACAUGAAUAAAAAGAAGCACACAUUAAAGGAGACUCCACAAUUUAGCACAAAGUUCACAUAUAUUACACUAGAGCCCUUGUCUGUUUUUAGCAGUAAUAUAUCAAAGGUUUGUAUGAUACCCUACCACACAAAGCAUGAUGCGAUUUGAUCUCUUCUUAACUUGAAGAUUAUUGGUAUGAAUUAUGUACUUAUGGACAGCACAUUUUCAGUAACAUGAAAGAAACACUUAAAUCAACUCAAGGAAUUGUAAUAUAAAGUAAGUCGCAUUUAUUGUAUGAACAAAUGUUAUUUUUUAUUUUACUUGCAUUUAGCAGCUACUGUAGAUAUCUUUGCAAAUGUUCCUUAAUGCAUUUCAAAUUAUUUUUCUCAAUUCCAACAGUUAAUAAGUGAAGUUCAGUCACUGUGCAAUAACUACAACUCAAUCUAAAACUAACAUGAAGUACACUAGCUCAUGUGUUGGGCUCCAACACUCAGUGUAGCUCUUUUGUCACCUAAUAAACACUAUUGAAUAAUCUUGUGCUCUUUCUUUACACAGAAAAAUUUUCGUUUGAAUAAAUUAACUUCUGAAAUCUAAAAUUAAAUGUUUGAAAACGUGACAACAAGCUAAAUAAAGUAUUUAACUUGAA